AUGGGUCCCUGUACGGCCUCCCAUUGCUGCUGUCUCCAUCGCCACACUCUGCCAUGUGCCACUUUCAGGUCUCCUCACACUGCUGGUGUGUUCCAUUUUGUCAUAGGGUGCUGUAUGGCCUCCCAUUGCUGCUGCCUCCACCGCCACACUGUGGCUCCACACUCUGGUUUUGGCCCCGUGACUGCCCAAAUGAGUGAAGUGUGCGGUGAUUCUAAGAUCGACGGCACUCAUCUGCAUGUCAUACUGACUGUCAGUAUUAUUUCUCUUCCCAGCAGACUCCAAGGGCAUUUAAAUUAAAGGUACAGUGUUCUGCACUAAUAUAA